GGAGAAGCAGACCCAUCUACACCACCACUGGACAUUCAGAGGAAAACUACAGCCUUCUACAAGAUCAUUGCUUCAACAAAACCACAUCUGUCACUCCAGGAGGACUGCAGCCACGAUUUGAUUGGGCUGUAAGCAACACCCUGACUACCCAGGUGUCAGGAUUUCCCAUUCCCAAACCUUGGCUGGAUGGAGGAGGAGGCUGCAAGGAAGAGGAAGUUGCCCCAGGACAGCCAGGCAGACAAGGAGCUGAGGAUGGAGACCAAGGAGGACAAAUCGCCGCGCCAGAACCUUGUGGAAGAGGCCAUUUUGAGUGGCUCCAUGGCACAGGAAUCCAAAAGGGAGAAAAAGCGAUGGAGAUCCUACAGGAGGAAGGACUCCAAACCCAUCCCAGGGUGCAACAAGGAGGAAAGACCAACCCUGUGCGGGGAAGGUGGACAGAGCUUCAGCCAGAGCAGCACCCCUGUCCAGCACCCGAUCAUCCACACUGCAGAGAGGCCAUAUGAGUGUUCCGUGUGUGGGAAGAGGUUUCGCACCAGCUCAGAUCUCCUCGUGCACCAGCGGGUUCACACAGAGGAGAGGCCCUUCCGCUGCCCCGACUGCAGGAAGGGCUUCAAGCACAGCUCCCACCUCAACAGGCACCGGCGCAUCCACACCGGGGAGAGGCCCUACGAGUGUAGGGAAUGUGGGAUGAGCUUCAGACAGCGCUCCAACCUGAUCUGCCACCUGAGGAUCCACACCGGGGAACGGCCCUACAAGUGUGAGCAGUGUGGGAAGAGCUUCAACCAGCGUUCCUCCUUGAUCCUCCACCAGAACAUCCACGCUGAGGAAAGGCCAUACAAGUGUGGGGAAUGUGGGAAGGGCUUCAACCAGAGGUCCCAGCUGAUCAUCCACCAAAUGAUCCACACUGGGGAGAGGCCCUACGAGUGUCUCGAGUGUGGGAAGAAGUUUCGGACCAGCUCAGAUCUCCUCGUGCACCAGCGGAUUCACAGAGAGGAGAGGCCCUUCCGCUGCCCCGACUGCAGGAAGGGCUUCAAGCAAAACUCCACCCUCAUCACCCACCGGCGCAUCCACACCGGGGAGAGGCCCUACGAGUGUCCCCAGUGUGGGAAGAGCUUCUCUAGGAGCUCUAACUUGAGGCAACACCAACGGAGGCAUCGGUAAGGGAAGCCCUGUGAGUGCCCCGACUGUGGGAAGAGCUUUGUGCA